AUGCCAUUUAAAUUAUGUACUGACUGGUUGAGCGGGUCGAAGUAUCCUACCUUACCUAACCUUCUCAUCGCUAUCGGCGCCAUUAGGCGAAAACUUGAACGCGAUGUACCAGAGGUUCGCACGGUAAGAGACCUCGAGGAUGUGCUUCUGGACCGCCUAAACCACUACUUCGCCUACUUGACUGAAAGCGACUUUGUGAAGGCUGCGUACUAUCUCAACCCUACGACUCGAUCUCGCCAGCCCGCUAAUGACCCGUAUCAUGUAAGUGACGUGGAGGGGCGAAAAGCAACACUUAAAUGCUUAGAGGCUCUCAAUUUGGAUAAAUGUGAAGAUACGGAGAAGAAGACUAGUGAGAUGGACUCGCAGCAGAAGCCAGUGGACUCGUUCGACAGUCUCAUCAAUGACUUUUUCGACCAGCCGGCAGAUCAACAGCACCAUCGAAUGAGUGCCGAGGAGCGUUACGAGGAUGAGAUGAUGACUAUCUUCUGUGAAUACGAGAUGAGAGCUCGCAGUUUCGCUGUCCCAUCGGACAGUAGCUCCCCGCCUAAGAAGAAGACCAAGCACGCUGAGAGGGAUGCCAAAUCAUCCCGCUACGAGCGUUUCUGGAUACGCUGUGAUGACUUGUCGCCUGUCAGCACUGUCGCUAAGCUUCUAG